AUGGUUGAGAUAUCCAGGGCUUCUGCGUCAGCUUCUAAAGUUACCUUCAAAAUAACGCUAACAUCAGAUCCUAAAUUACCCUUCAAAGUGCUUAACGUUCCUGAAAAUGCGCCAUUUACCGCCGUGUUAAAGUAUGCCGCUGAAGAGUUUAAACAGAACCCGGCAACCAGUGCAAUCAUUACAGAUGACGGCAUCGGCAUCAAUCCUUCACAAACAGCUGGUGAUGUCUUUCUUAAACAUGGCUCUGAACUUCGUCUAAUUCCUCGAGAUCGCGUUGGAACACACCAUUCUUAG